AUGACUGCCAGACUCGCACCCUUCACCAAACUGCUCCCUGAACUCUCCACGGCACUGAAGACCUUCCAAGCAUCAUCCUCCCGCUUUCAAGUCCUCAAAACAGUCCAUCCAUCCUCAUUCGAGCCCAUCAAUCCCACAAGACCGUCAGACUCCGAAUCUCCAAAAACACUAUUCAUUCUCGACUCCUCCUUCAACCCGCCAUCAACAGCCCACCUACAUCUCGCACGAUCCGUGCUAUCUGAAUCUACAUCUCCAAAGCCCCAUCGGCUCCUCCUCUGCUUCAGCACUCAAAAUGCCGACAAAGCUCCCUCUGCUGCUUCUUUUCCGCACCGCCUGACGAUGAUGACGAUCUUCGCCCAAGACCUUCUCAAAUCCAUAACCGACUCCACAGGAACCUCAUCAGCAGAACCCGUUCCCAUCGAUAUCGGCGUAACAAAGGCUCCAUACUACACCGACAAGUCUUCCGCCAUCGAGUCCGACGGAGCAGAAUGGUACCCUUCCAAACCAAGACAUAUUCACCUGGUCGGCUUCGACACCUUAACCCGCUUCUUCGCCGCAAAAUACUACCAAGACUUUGAUCCGCCACUAUCUGCUCUGGAACCGUACUUCUCUGCUGGUCAUCAUCUGCGAGUCACUCUCCGUCCGGACGAGAAGUACGGUACUGUGGAGGAGCAGCGGGCUUUUCUGAAGAAUAUGGAGGAUGGCGGGCUGGAGAGUGUGGGUGGGAAGAGGGAGUGGGCGAAGGCUGUGCAAUUGGUGGAGCCGAAUGAGGAGGGUGGUGUGAGUAGUACGAAGAUCAGAACAGCGGCGAAGGAGGAGAGAUGGGAGGUUGUAGACGGAUUGUGCACAGAGGGAGUGGCGGGGUGGGUGAGGAGGGAGGGCCUUUACGAGGAGGACGCGGAGGGGAAGAAAAUGGGAUGA